AUGCCAGGGUCACUGCAGCAGCAGCAGCAGCAGCAGCAGCAGCAGCAGCAGCAGCAGCAGCAAGGGCAGCAGCAGCAGCAGCUGCAGCUGCUGCUAUUCGGCUCUUGUGGAGGAGUGGACGCAGAAAGUCGCCCCGGUAUGAGGCGAAAUCUCUCUCAUUCUAUUUUCUUUUUUUUUUCUUUUUUUAUUUUUCUGUUUUUGCUGCAGCUAAUCGAACGGGGCAGCCAUUUCAUCCCCCUCAAGAGGCAGCAGCAACAGCAGCAACAGCAGCAGCAGCAACAGCAGCAACAGCAGCAGCUGCCGCAGCAACAGCAGCAGCAACAACAGCAGCAUCAGCAGCAACAGCAGGAUCCCCCGUUGUCGAUGAAUCUCCAUCAUCAUCAGCCGCAGCCCCAUCACCAUCAUCCUCAGCAGCAGCAGCAACAGCAGCAACAGCAGCAACAGCAGCAGCAGCAGCAACAGCAGCAGCAGCAGCAGCAGGGCGUGUGA